CGCGUGACGCUCUUUUCUGAUUAAAUUGAGUCAGUUAGGUGGGGGGGACUCAGUCUUUGUGUCGAAUUCCCAACUUCAAUCCGACAAAAUGAUCAUCUACAAGGACAUCAUCACUGGGGAUGAAAUGUUCUCAGACAUUUACAAGAUCAAAGAAUCACCAAAUGGAAUCUUAUUCGAAGUUGAGGGAAAGAUGGUCAGUAGAACGGAGAACAUCGAUGACUCUUUGCUGGGGGCGAAUGCGUCGGCGGAGGUGCAGGAUGACAGCUGUGAGUCCAGCACGGUCAGUGGAGUGGACAUCGUUCUCAACCACAAACUGCAGGAGACAUCCUUCACCAAGGACUCAUACAAGGGAUAUAUCAAGGACUACAUGAAGGCGAUCAAGGCUAAGCUGGAGGAGAACAACCCAGACAGAGUGAAGCCCUUCAUGACUGGAGCUCAGGAGGAGAUCAAGAAGAUCAUGGGCAACAUGAAGAACUACCAGUUUUUUACAGGUGAGUCUAUGAACCCAGAUGGUAUGGUUGGUCUGCUGGACUUCCGUGAGGACGGCAUCACUCCCUUCAUGACCUUCUUCAAAGACGGCCUGGAGAUCGAGAAAUGCUAAUACUCUGGAAUCAGAACUUUGUUUCUAUUGGCUGCUGCAUCUCAUCUGACCCACGACCAGUGACCAACCAGACGACUCUUCUGCAUUACGUUUGGAAUGGAAGUACAGUACCAGUCAAAAGUUUGGACACACCUACUUGUCCAAACCUUUGACUGGUAGUGUAUUAUAUGAUGCCCAAACCAAGUCAUGUCUAUGGGGUUGACAGAAGGGGUGCUGUGACAGUAUUACGGUAUUAUUUCUAUUGAUCUUAUUGAUUAUGGUGUUCAACUUUGAGUAUUGCAGUGUUCUGUUAACUGGUAUAUUCAGGAAGUACCGAUCAGAACAUUCAGAUAGAAAUGUAUAGAUUAGAGCAGAUAUGCCUCUCUGUCAUGCAGAAUACACAAUAUGUUACAUUUCUAACUGGGACAUUCUAUAUGUCACACACAGUUUGCUGCUGGAUGAUUUGUUUAACUCUGCGAAGACAGUGUUUCAGGUCACUGAUUGGUUAUUCAUUAAUUGGUUAUUUAUUGUUGAUUAAUUAACUAUCAGGCCUCCAUUUGCUUGGUUUACAGUUACAUUAGAUGUGACACCCUUACUAAAAGUAGUGGGAUAGCUUAGGACUUUCUGAUUAAUAAAUAAAACACUGGAUAAAACCUAAACAGAUGUAG